AUGGUGGGAUCGGGAGGAGAGGGCAUGGAGGGGCGGGAGCUGAGCGUGGGAGUGGACAUGGGGUCGGAGAAGUGUGUGGUAGCAGUAUACGACCAUGAGAAGAACGUUUCCCUCCCUCUGGAGCUAUUAGGAUCGAAGACUCUCUCCUCCUCCAUCGCUGUGAACUGCGGGAAGAGGGGAGUGGGAGAGUUGGGUGAGGAGAUUCUGGUUGGACAACGAGCCGAAUCAAGGUCGGCGAAGAGGUGCAAGGAUGUACUCUGUGCACACAGAAAGCUCCUGUACUGCAUGGACGGUAACGCGAGGCAGUUGGCGUCGAUGCUGAAGGAUUUGUGGCACUUCGACGUGGAGCUAGUGGACAAGGAGAGGAAGGCGGUCAAUGAGCUCAGUGGCGACGUGGAGUUCGAAUGUUGUAUGUACAAGACAACCGAUGGCUUCAUCCCUGUCACGACAGUGAUCACCAACUUGAUGUCUGCCGUGUGCUCAAACCUCCUGGACGCCAUCAAGGCUGGUGGGGCUCUUGAGACAACCGACGGGAGGCCGACGGUGUGGAGGCACUUUGGAGUCUCCGUUCCGGAAUGCUUCUCAGCAUCUCAGAGGAGAGUCGUACAGAGUGCGGCAGAAGAUGCGGUGAAGAAAUACCUCGGGAAGGGCGUGCAGGUCAAGGUCAUGAACGAGAACCUCGCUGCAGCUGUCCAGCAUGUCUGUAGCAACGUCGUCGACCCCCUGAGCUUUCAGAUUGUGGAUUUCGGCUCGAGCAAGCUGACGAUCUCGCACUUUGAGGUGGUUAAGGGGGAUCGUGGCUUCACGCUUGUAGAGAGGGCAGCGCGGACCAACGUGUUUGUGGGAGGGGACGAGCUGGUCAAUAGGAUCAUUCUGUGGUGUGAGAAGCGCAAGCCAUUCCAGGAGAGCCUGGUCACUUGCAAGCCUGCCAUCUUCAAGCUCCGCAAGGAAGUGAGGAGUGCUGUUAAGAUCCUGACUGUGGCGGAGGAGGCCAUGAUAGAGGUUGACAGCGCCGUGGACGGGAAGGAUCUUGCUCUCAUGCUCACCCUUGAAGACUUCGAGCGGGAGUGCUCCUACGUCUUCGAUGCUGUGGUCGACCUUGAGCAAGAGAUCAUGGGGGCUGGGGGGGGGCAUGGACCUGAUGAGAUUGUGUUGCUGGGGGGCCUGACAAGGAUCCCCCGGAUUCAAGAAAUUGUGCACAACAUCGCAAACAACUUCAAGGACUGCUCUGUUAAGAAGACCCUCGACAUUGACAGGGCGGUGGCGAUGGGCGCGGCGACAGUCUGCGCUCUAGAUCACGAUGCUCGAGUCGUCCGGUUCCCUUUCGACCCUCACCGCCCUUACGCGGAGCUGCAGCAGCGGUUCCAUGCUGCUGACGAGGAGCACUGGAGGAGCUCGCAGCAUGCAUCUAGCAGUUACCAUCUGCCAGCGGAGCGGAGCCUGACCAACUCCGGGAGCAUCGGCGGCAACGUGGCUUCCCUCAUUCAGAAACUUGUGGCAGCGGAGGCGAGCAUCGGGCAAUGGCAGAAACGAUGUGAGGCUCUCGAGCAGGAGGUGGCGUCGUGCGUCCAGAGCAAGGACGCGGCGAUCAAGGGGAGGAUGGAGGCCGAAGCGCGAGCAGAAGCAGCAGAACGAGGGAGGGUUGAAGCGGAAGCCCGCAUGCGCAAGUUGGAGGAGGAAGUGGUUGCUCUGCGAGCUCAGAGGCUGCCAGCUGCUGCUGAAGACGUCGAGAUGCACAUGGCAGCCCUGCACCAACGAGCUGAAGCAGCUGAGAAGCAGCUUGGGAGGAGGGAGAGGGCGCUGAGCCGAGCCGAGGCAGACAUAAGAACCUUGAAGGAAGAAAGACAAGCGCUUGUUGAGAUCCUCAAGACUCAGAAACUGUCAACCACGGCCAUGUAUGAUGAAGCAGAGCCUGGGAAGCAACUAUCGUCUCCUCGAGAUAAUUGUGAAGUCGGCGCUCUGCCGGGGGAAGGGCCGAGGAGCAGCCCAGAGUCAAAGAGGGAGAGGAAUCGCUUUCGAGAGCUCACGGAGUCGCCCCUGACUAUGAAGCAGCUCAAGAAUUUCUGGAACUUAUGA